AUGUCUCUCAAACCCCUUACUCUCUGGACCCUUCUGGGCCACGCCGGCAGUCCCAACCCCUGGAAAGUCCUCAUGAUCCUGGAAGAGCUCAAGAUUCCUUACGAGACCAAGCCAACCGAACUCGGUGACCUAAAGAAGGAACCCUACGAGUCUAUCAAUCCCAACGGUCGUGUCCCUGCCCUCGAGGAUCCAAACACCGGCAUCACCAUCUGGGAAUCCGGCGCCAUCCUCGAGUAUCUGGUGGAUACUUACGACAAGCAACUCAAUAUCAGCUUCGCCGCCGGCUCGAAGGAAUACUACGAAAGCAAGCAGUGGCUCCACUACCAAACAUCCGGCCAGGGACCGUACUUCGGGCAGGCCGCCUGGUUUACGAUCUACCACCCUGAGAAGGUACCCAGUGCGGUCGAGCGCUAUGUGAACGAGAUCCGUCGUGUUUCGGGCGUGCUCAACCGAUCGCUCCAGAACAAGGAGUACCUCGUCGGGGGUAAGUUCAGCUAUGUCGAUGCUGCUUUUGUGCCGUGGUUCGAGAUUGCUACGCUCCUCUGGUCCAACGAAAUUGAUCUCGAGAAAAACUUCCCACACGUUCAUUCCUGGUUGAACCGUAUCAAAGCUCGCCCAGCUAUUGCCAAGACCAUUGAGGAGAAGGAGAAGGCCACGGCUGCCCAAGGGAAAUAA